AUGGAUUCCGAAGCCGAACCACCGCAGGAAAAGAAGAAACCAAAUUCAUGUCCGUCGUUUUUGUCCCUUCCUGAAGAAAUCCUUGUAAACUGUUUAGCCCGCAUACCGAAAUCGUACUACCCGAAACUCUCCUUAGUCUGCAAGAGCUUCUGCUCUCUCAUCUUAUCCAUGGAACUUUACGUGGAGCGAUUGUACCUUGGUACACAUGAAGACGUCCUUCACGUCUGCUUACAGUUGCCCGAUCGUCGUCUUCCUUCAUGGUUUAGUCUCUGGACUAAACCGGAUCAAACCCUAACCAACGACAUUGGGAAGAAGAAAAAGUCCACUAGAAAUACUUUGUUGGUACCAAUACCUUCUUCUUAUUCUCCUCGUGUACCAAUGUUCAUCGGUGAGAUUGGUUCAGAAUUAUACGCUAUUAGCAAACAUAAUACUCCAUCCUCCGUCAUGUGGGUUCGUGAUAAGACUAGUAUUUAUGCCUGGCGUAAAGCCCCUAGUAUGACAGUAGCUCGUGCCAAUGUUUUUGCUUAUGUCAUCAAUGGGAAAAUAUACGUAAUGGGAGGUUGUGCCGCAGAUGAAUCUAAGUAUUGGGCUGAGGUAUUCGACCCAAAGACUCAAACUUGGAAACCUUUAACUGACCCGGGGGCCGAGUUACGCGUAUCUUCAAUUAUAGGUAUGGCGGUGAGCGAAGGAAAGAUUUAUGUUAAGAACAGCUAUGUGAAGGACUACGUUUAUGAUCCGGAAGAAGAUAAAUGGGACGUAGUUGCAAGCUCAUUCAUGAUUGAGAGAAAGUGUGAGAUAGAGAAUGUAUUGUACCGUUUUAGUAGACAAAGUUGUUCGUGGUAUGACACAAAGCAUAAAGAAUGGAGAGAUAUCAAGGGUUUGGCUACAUUGAAUAGGCGUCGUCGUUCUAGUAUUCUUGAAGUAGCGAAGUACGGUGACAAAGUCUUAAUCUUGUGGGAAAUCUUUGCGAAGCCUUUUUAUCAAAACAAGAGUAUUUGGUGUGCGGUGAUUGCGCUUGAAAAGCGUAAAAUUGAUGAAAUUUGGGGAAAGGUUAAGUGGGCUAGUAUUGUGCUUACGGUUCCUAGAUCAUAUGUUUUCUUGCGUUGUGAAGUGAAACCGGUUUGAUAAAUUCUAGAGAUCAUGCUUUUGAUUUUAGUCUUUUUUUUUUUUUUUUUUUUUUUAAUUUUCUUUUAUC